AUGGCUGAAGAAUACAGAGAUCUGUACUGCCACCAACCAUUUUACAACGAUCGUUAUGGCUCAGGUUCGAACGGGUUUACGUUCUCAGGCAGCAGUUCUUCUGCAUAUACUCAGGAUGCUUCCCUUACAGCAAAUUCUUCAUUUCACAAUCUACAAAUGCUUGAUCCUCCAUACAUGACCUUCACCGAGAUUUUGCAAGGAUCAAACGAUAACAACGCACUUGCUGGAGCUUUCGGUUUGUCGAGGACGUCGUCUUCUGAGGCAUUUUCUAGAGUGAAGGAUGAGCCGAAAUCAGUAGUAGUAGGAGCUGGAGAUUAUGUGGGUGGUAGUGAAACUCCAGCUACACCUAAUUCUUCGAUCUCUUCCUCCUCUACUGAGGCAGUUGGCAAUGAAGAUUCGAGCAAGAAUCAGAAAGAAAACCCAAUGAAAGAAGCCAUGGAAGAUGGAGAAGACGCCUCUAAGAAAGAGACUAUAACGAAGAAGAAAGGGGAGAAGAAGCAAAAACAGCCACGAUUUGCUUUCAUGACAAAGAGCGAGGUAGAUCAUCUCGAAGAUGGAUAUAGAUGGAGAAAAUAUGGACAGAAGGCCGUGAAGAAUAGCCCUUAUCCAAGGAGCUACUACCGGUGCACGACUCAAAAAUGCCCGGUUAAGAAACGCAUUGAGAGAUCGUAUCAAGAUCCUUCAAUCGUCAUCACGACAUACGAAGGACAACAUAAUCAUCAUGUUCCGGCAACUCUCCGAGGAAAUGUAGCCGGAAUGUUGUCUCCUUCAAUGCUUGCACCAUCAUUAUCACUGCAAGAUGGACCUAUGUUUCCUCGAGAACUGUUACUUCAGAUCCCUCACAUGUACAACUACGGAGCAGCUGGAAGUACAAGUAAUGUGUAUCAGCAAAAUUUUACACCAUUUGAGCAGCUUCAACUUCCUGACUACGGGUUAUUACACGACAUAAUUCCCUCUGCUUUUCACUUUCCGAAGCAAGAGAACUGA